CUCUGUAAUGGCUGUCUUGAUCCCCCUGUUGCUCUCUGCUUUUGCGAUAUUACUCUCUUACUUGCUGUGGAAGUUCAGUAAGGCUGAUGCAGACAUAAGCCUUCUCAUGAAGCCAACACCAAACAGACUUCACUUCAAGGAUAAAGUCGUCUGGAUUACUGGAGCAUCAUCAGGCAUUGGUGAAGCUUUGGCAAGGAUGAUGGCUGAACAGGGAGCUCGACUCAUUAUUUCAUCAAGAAACAAAGAACAGCUUGAGGACAUCCAAAAGUCAAUGAACAAUGGACACAAUGUGAAAGUGUUGGUUCUUGAUUUAUCAAACAUGCCAAAUGCACCAGGAUUGGUGAGGCAGGCAUUGGACAUGUAUGGACACAUCGACGUGUUGGUGAACAAUGCAGGCAUAUCCUGCCGGGUUCCAGUUGAAGAAGUGACCGACGACUUGCUGAGAAAGAUAAUGGAGGUAGACUUCUUUGGUCAGGUGGCACUCACACAGGCGGUUUUACCCGAUAUGCUGGAGCGUGGGUGUGGUCAGAUUGUGAACGUUCUCUCUGUUCUUGGAAAAUUUGGUUAUCUAUUGAGAGCACCUUAUUCAGCUGCCAAAUUUGCUUUGAAUGGAUAUAUGUCUACUCUUCGACUUGAGAUAUCCAGCAAAGGCAUUUCAGUGUGUAACAUAAUGCCUGGUCCUGUUAUCACAAAUGUCAGUAAGAAUGCUCUUCUUGCCGAUGGCAAAGCAUUUGGAAAGACAGACAAACUUAUUGCAACCGGAAUGAAGACGAAGAGGUGUGCCGAGCUGAUCAUCAAGGCAAUGGCAUCUAAUGUGCAAGAGGCUUGGAUAAGCACACAGCCAACUCUCACAGUCACGUAUGCAUCACAGUAUGCACCCAGUUUGCUCAAGUGGAUGAUAACAGAUAAACGUGUGAAAGCACGACAGUGAUUUGAAGGGCGAGUUACAGCGAUCAGAAACCGCAUCUUAACUAUUGGUACUCUUGAUGUGAUUCUGUGAACGUUUUUGAACUUGUAUCACAUUUUUAGUUUUGUCUGUUUCUGUUUGGCUCAUCACUUUGCUAGCACGCGUUAUCCUAUAUAUGUGUGUUUGCAUUGAUUGUCUUGACACUGAUGGUCAAGCAGAAUUGCGUAUACUAAGUGAGUCUUUCUUGCGUACACAACUGGGUCUAGUUGUUUUAUUAAUUGUGAGAGCGAAUGGGUAUAAUUGUCAUGUGCCUAUUAUUCUUUAUGUACCAUUGAGUAAAGACUGUUUCAGUAUGAACGCAU